AUGGCGAUACGAAGAUUCAUCUGUCGCCGUGGAGUACCUUUGGAUAUAUUUUCCGACAACGGCACAAAUUUUCAAGCAGCGAGCAAUGAGCUCAAAAAGGAAGUUCAAAAAAUUGAUAUGGAGUGCGCUGAUGUUUUCACAGAUGCCCGAACACGUUGGCAUUUUAAUCCACCGGCGGCGCCCCACAUGGGAGGAUGUUGGGAGCGCCUUGUUAGAUCUACAAAAAAUGCGUUGAAGGCGAUUCAUGAUGGAAGAACUUUGAGCGAUGAGGUUCUAUUGACCGUGCUAUCCGAAGCUGAGGAUAUGGUAAACUCUAGACCGUUGACGUAUAUUCCACAUAACGGAGCUGAAACCGAAUCGUUGACGCCAAAUCAUUUUUUGCGCGGAUUUCCAGCCGGAAACUGUGAAGAGAUUACCAUGCCGACCUGUUCUGCAGAAGCAUUGAGAGACUGUUACAAGAAAUCACAGAAGUUGGCUGACGUACUAUGGCAGAGAUGGAUUAAGGAGUAUAUACCGCUUGUUAAUCAUCGUACUAAGUGGUUCGAGGACAAAGAAUCGAUUAAAGUAGGAGAGCUCGUAUUCAUCAUCGACGGUGACAACUGGCGGACUUGGGUCCGGGGAAUCGUGGAGCAUGUCAUUCGAGGCCAAGAUGGAAGGAUACGUCAAGCGAUGGUUCGAACUUCGAAAGGUGUCUUUAGACGUCCAGUUUCCAAGUUAGCCUUACUAGAGAUUAAAGGUAAAUCUGAUCAAGGUUGUGAGUAUGGACCAGAGUUACGGUCGGGGGAAAUGUCAACACCACUGGGAACGUCCGCAAGCCCUGGCGAAAAGCGAGUUGACAGGAACUGA